UACCCCCGUUGUCUCUAAUAACGAAUUUACAGUCGAAAAUGUAGCCAGGCGCCAGCUAGGACCAAGUUCUGAAUUUGUCAUCACUGUUGGUGUUUGUUCUGUCAGAACCUGCUGAAGUGUGGGUAGUACGGUGGUCAUGGAGCUUCUGGUGUCCGGUCACUUUGCAAGCCUUGUGUUAAAAGUUGUGUGUAGUAUUGUCUAAAAUAUGCUUGGAACAUGUUUUACGCGCAAUUUACGCACGAACGAAACGGCAAGAACAGUUAAUCUUAACACCUGUUUGUGUGUUAGCCUUCUCUCAUUAUUCCCCAACUGACUCAAUUAUGGUCUUUGCCUUUUGUCAGAAUACUUUAUUUUUGUUCUCUAUGAAUUACUAUAACAUAUUUCAAUUUAAAAGUACUUUGAUAGUCCAAACAUGUAUGAAUGUAUGUUACUCUAUGCGUCUGGUGAUUUCAAUGUUCAUCUAUUUUUUUCACAAUCCAUUUUAAAUAUUAGGAGUUUUGACACUCUGGGUAGCUAUUAGUUAGACAAAUGAAUAAAAUGUUUAUCUGAAAUGUUAAAACUGCCAUCAGAGCAGCUGUUAAUGUGCUACAUCCCGCUGGGAGCUAACAAGUGGAUUAGGGUGGUUACAUGAGGAGAAAGCUGGUACUCUUUGACCUGCAGCCACAUGCCUUUUAAUGUAGGGAUCAGGCCAAAGGUCAAUGCAAUAUCUACAUGAACACAUCCAGAGUCACGACUUUUGCUGCUGAACACUCGCAUAGUGGAUGUAUGAAGGAAAGGUCUCUGAGAAUUCCUCAUGCUUCAUGCAGGUAGACCAGCCAGGACAGGUGUAAUUGGUCGGAGGCUUAUUCCUGGCUCGCCUUUUAAUCAGGUUUACUCUGCUGCUGCUGUCUGCACUUUGAGUAAAACCAGUCUGUCAGCAUGUAACAUAUAUAUAUCCGGUAAGGUUGAAAGUGCUAUUGGGAGUGUUUGAGGAAUUCAUCUGUUAAACUGUGUAGAAGAUUUGGAUUCAUACCCUUAGCUUGACACUAAUUGGCUUUUGCUUAACCCUCUUGAUAUUUUCAUUAGAAUAUCAAACCAUUGUGGAAGUUUCCCUGUCCGAGUAGGUAGAGAAUGGGACCUGUGUGCUCAUCCACAGGCUUUAUUUCAGAGCUAGUGUCGCUGGAUUAGAAGCCAAUGAUCCCUGUUGAGCCUCUAUGGCAUUUCCCCCCCCCUCCAAUCGGCAAUCCUGCAGCUUGUCACGUGACUUUUUGCUCUUUAAACAAGAGUGGCCACUUUCUUGUGUUCUGCCGGCAAAAAACAUAAAGGAGUGUGGCGUCAGGGGCACCGGGGAUGCUCGUGGCUUGCUCACUCCGAGUUCUCCAAAUCUGGUUCAAAGCACAUGUACGCAUGUUUUGAAGUGGCAACACAGACACAUGGAACACACAUCUUUGAGCUUGUUAUCUUGUGAAGGGAUCAGUCAAUCUCCUGCUGACAAUGUCUGCAAAUGUGGCCUUCAGUUUAUUCAAGAUGGCUUCGUUAAUAAAAGGCAGACCUGACCAGUAGUUGUGCAGGCUAUGUCAUCGCACUAUAGUCACUCUGUAUUUCUGUCCAGCAGUCUAAGAGAAGCAGCAAACAUGCUAAAAUAAACUUGCAUCUUUUACUUUGUGAGCUGUACUGUCACCAGAGCCAUUCAGCCCUGCUGCAGAUAUAUCUGCUUUACUAAGUCGGUGGCUCACGUCGCUUUGUCCUCGCUCCAUUGUGCUUCCUGCAUCAGGAAUGCUGACAUCCACAGUUUCAGCGCUCAUAGUCGCUCAUUUGUGAACCUAUCUGAUGGUUAGCUGCUGUCUUUAAAUGCAAAUCGUGUCAUAUCUGUGCUAUUUAUAUGUGGCUUACAGCCUCAAGCGUUGUUAGUGUUGUUUAUUCACCUCCAGGCAACCACGAUGUAGCCAACUGGGAGUUUUUAUUGGCUCAUCUUUGUCAGCACGUUGCCUGGGAACAUGCGCAUAAUUUAGAUAGGUCAUAAAAUAAUUUUAAUCCAUAGCCAAUCAGGGAUUCAUUGCACCUUGUUUGAUAACAUUUGAACAAGAGGUUACAGUCAGUGUUGUGGAGAAGACCAGCAAGCCUGAAUCCUCGGUGACAUCGAGGCCCAGACCCAGAGUGGAGCGGAGGUGUUGAGUUUCAGUGCAAGGGGAGAUCCCUGCAUGGCACUGCAAGCGGGCGCAGGUCAUCUUACAUGGUCUCUAGCAAGAGGAUGCACUUUUAGAGAAAUUAGUUAAUUUAUAAUGAAGCCUCAGUCAUGAACCUCUCUAGGAAGACGUGUACAGACUGCUGAAGGGCACGUGAGUGAUAAUCGACUAAAUCCUCCCGAGGGACAUGGACGCCACGGAGAACCCAGUCCUGGAGCCCAGGUCGGAGCGGAUCGCUCGCUAUAAAGCCGAGAGGAGGCGAGAGCUGGCCGAACGCUUUGGCAACAUGGAGGAGCUACCUUCCAAGUGGGUGAGGAGGGAUGGGAAGGAGGGGCACGACCCAGCGAACGAAGCCCACAGAGGGACUUUGAACUCAGAUGGCCUCAGUGAGAGAGUGAACGGCAGGACGCGAGGAGUUACAAAUGGAUUGGAGGGUCCUGCAGAGUCCAACCACUUGAGAAGGCAGGGUUCCCCGGACUCUGCCAGCAUGCUGAGUGGGGAGGGGCACCUCGUCCCUGUAGGACUCGAUGCCCCGCAGCUCCACACUCGAGUGUCGGUGGGCCAGUUGAGAAGUGCUCUUCUGCAGCAGACGGGGAGCGGAGCGCAGCCCGAUAAAGUUUGCCCUGAUGCUGGGCAAGCCACGUCCUCUCUGGAUCUGGCUGUGAAGCCGGGCUCUGAGGGGGGCCGCCGACGCUCCCGGCGGUACCUCCACGGUGGGUCAGGUGGUGGUCGCAAGACAAGCGAACGCUUCAGGACACAGCCGAUCACAGCCGAUGAGAUGGAGGAGAGCAGCGGGCAGUUGGACGCAGAGGAAGAGGAGAACCGUAAAGCUGAUGUGAAAACAGACGACAGAGCCAAAAUGAGUGUGGCAGCCAAGAUGUCUUUGUUUAAAGAGCUGGAGAAGUCUGCCCCGCCAGAGGCCUCGGCCUACCUAAAGCCUCGCUCGGGGAGCGUCUGUCACGAGCGCAGAGUGCGUCGGGGAAACGAACAUCGAUUUCUUACUCAGCCAAUCACCUGUGAGGAAAUCGUGGCAAUCAGCACCCCCAAACCAGCACCACCAGUGGAGUCCCAGUCCUUGCAGGCGGAGUCGGUGGAGGAUGGCGAUGAGAGCUGCAAGCUGACCAUGAGUGAGAAGCUGGCCCUGUUCAACAAACUCUCCCAGCCGGGGAGGGAGGGGGGCGACCCCGCUGACGGGCCCCCAGAGAGACGGAGGCAGAAGGGGGCUCGGUACCGCACUCAGCCCAUCACUGUGGAGGAGGUCGGCCUGCUCCAAAAAGGCCCUGUACAGCUUCCCGCCUUCUGUUUGUCCCGUCGUCUGUCCGACAGACAGCAGGCCUCGUCUGUCAACCUGAAACCCAGUGAGAUACACUUUUCCCAGCCAAGACCUGACACUGGUCCUGUGCCUGCUGACCCCACUGGCUCUACCCGGCAGGGCCUACAGCACCACGACCAUGAGCCAGUCUUGAGAGGAAUCCUGAAGAAGAGCUCCUCCGGAGGCUCAGAGUGGAGCAGGAAGGAGAGUGGUCACACUGAUGCACCUUCCAGCCAUGAACAGAAUGGCGAAGGCUGUGUAGAAGCAGGGAUGCAUGGGAGUAGGGAGAGCGCAGAGCUGCAGGAAAUGUCUGCAGCACCACGGAGGAAGAGAGGAGAAGCUUCAGGUGGGGAGGGAGGCUCACUGGCUGCCACUCCCUGGAGGCAGAGGACUCGAACCAGGAGGGAAACCAUUGCCUGUACACCGAUAAGAGCCAUGUCGGAGCAGGACACUCCUCAGGAGGAGAGGCCCUGCCAGACAAAGCUGCCGGGACAGCUGCUUUCCUCUGCGGAUCACAGCUCAGAUACGACUGUGAGAGUUCAACAGCCGAAUGACGAAGACAGUGCGAGGAGGAUGAAUGAAGAAACAACAGCCACAGGACAUGUCCAGGUCACACUGGUAGAUGGCACCGUUAAACUGCAGGAGUCAACCAACACCAGCAGAAGUAAGGAAGAGACAGAAAACCUUCAUGGGGAGGGUGUCAACACUCAGUGCUGGGAACCCGUCUUUGCCUCUGUCUAUUCUAGCAGUACACACCAAUAUAUCAUGUGUUUCAAUCAGACAAGUCUGUCCUUUGAGGCACAAGAAGUCUCCUCUUCUACCAAAGACCAGAUUGUGCCUCAGUGGAGACAGAAGAGGAUUGACGAUGAGAUGGACGAAGUUGAGGAAAUUAAUACAGAGCAGGAAAGUAAGACGCAGGAGACCGCAUGUAUGAACAAGAGAGGAUCUCCAGAAUCGGACAGAAAUGACAUCUCUCCUAACGAGGAACUCUCCUCUGAAGCUCCAACAUGCUCAUAUGAAGAAAUCCUCAUGCAGUCUCUGGUUGAGUUUGAAGCUCCACAGAGCUCCCCGCUCUCAGUGGCCCCACUUGAAGUGAGGGCGGAGACGCCUGUGGGUGAAUCAAACGCGUUCGAUGCUGGUUCCUACAGAGAUCGGUCGCCUCCCUCGGCCUGCGCCCCCCAACCCUGUGGAGACGUUGCUGCUGCAGAGAGUGAGCAGGACCUGAGUGUCCUCUGCCAAACCAACGCACCCAUACUGACCUCAUCAGGAGCAGAGCACAGGCGGUCCGUGCGUCCGUCCCGUCGGACUCAGGGCUCCAGAAACCCUCUGAGGGCUCUCGCUGCUCGGGAAGACAUCAGGCAGGACUACAUGGGAGAGACAGUCAACAACACAGCUGCUGAGGAGAGCUCCCAAGCAGAGAAGAAGUCCAAGAACUCCUCGGUGGCAGAUUCACAUCUUUCCGCAUCAGAAGACUUUAUCUGUUCCUCAGAUUCUACCAAGUCCUCUCCUCCCUUCAGCAGCCUGAUGCUCAUUCACGUCAAAGGAAGGCGGCAUGUCCAGGUGCGUCUGGUGGAGCCGUCAGUGCAGUCGCUGAACAGUGGGGACUGCUUCCUGCUGGUCACUCCGGAGCAUUGCUUCCUGUGGAGCGCAGAGUUUGCCAAUGAACAAGAGAAAGCCAAGGCCUCUGAGCUGGCAUCAUCCAUCCAGAGUCAUCAGGAUCUCGGCUGUCGGGCCUCUCAGGUGGUCCGUCUGGAGGAGGGGCUAAACUGUGACAGCAGCGUGGCUGCAGACUUCUGGAGGCUUCUAGGAGGAAGGAGACAAUACAGAGGAGCCGGUGCAGAAGAGGAGGAUGAGCUCUAUGAGUGUGGUGUGGUGGAGUCCAACUGUGUGUACAGGCUGGUGGAGAACAGACUGGUGCCUCAUGAACAGUGCUGGGCCUCCACCCCCAGUAUCUCCCUGCUGGGCUCCACUGAGACCCUGGUUUUUGAUUUCGGCAGUGAGGUGUACCUGUGGCAUGGACAGGAUGUUUCCCUCAGCAGGACGAACGUUGCUCUCCAGCUGACUCACCAAGUGUGGGUCGGAGCUUACGACUACAGCAACUGUCGAGUCAAUCCACUGGAUCCCACGCAGUGCAACCCGAACACACCGCAGAAGGGAGAGGGUCGUCCCAGCUGGGCGUUGUUCGGUUGUGUCUCAGAGCACAACGAGACGGCUCUGUUCAGGGAGAAGUUCCUGGAGUGGACAGGUGGGAAAGGAGGCAUGGAGGGAGCUGUUGCAGUGAGCAAGGAGACACAGCCCGCCCCCGUUCUGUCUUCCCAGGCGAUGUCUCCACCUUCAGGCGUUCUAAGUGCCUGUGACGCCAAGGCUCUGGUGUCGGGUCAGUCUCUGGGAGGGGACGGCUUGGUCCAUAACGUGUUGGCUGGGGUUGACGUCCAGCGCGGGCACGGGGUCAUCACGCUGGAGGAAGGAUGUCAGAUGGAGCUGAAAACAGUUGCUGUGGACACUUGGCAUGUCCAGGAGUUUGAUGACUGCGAAAUUCCUGUGGAGAGCACCGGACAGCUUCACGAAGGAGACUCCUACGUCAUCCGCUGGACGUACAGCAUCAACACUGUUGAUGAGACAAACAGCCCUGAUGAGUGUAGUCCCGGUCAAAAGGAAAACACAGCCUUCUUCCUGUGGCGGGGCCGUCACUCCAGUGUCAGCGGGCGGGACACCGCUGCUUUCCUGUCCAUUGGGAUGAACAACCAUGAAGACUCGCAGGUGGUGGUACCUCAGGGAAAGGAACCUCCCUGUUUUCUGCAGCUUUUCCAGGGAGGCCUGGUCAUUCACAAGGGAAAGCGAGAGGAGGCCUGCACUAAUGCAGAGUGGCAUCUGUUCUGUGUGCGAGGUGAGCUCCCAGAGGAAGGCUCUCUGUUAGAGGUGGAUUGCUGCUGUGCAGGUCUGAGAUCCAGGGGCUCUGUUGUCCUGCUCAAUAGCCAGCAGGGAGUGCUGUAUCUCUGGACUGGCUGUAAAGCUCAUAGCAGCUCCAGAGUGGUCAGCAAGAGGGCAGUGGAGCAUAUCACUCAAAUGUGUCCACCAGAGCUGGGUCUCAGCAAAGGCAGCCCGGUGACGGUGCAGGUAGUGGAGGAAGGCUCAGAGCCUGCAGACUUCUGGACAGCCCUGGGGCAGAUGGACAGGAAGGCCUACGACUGCAUGCUGCAAGAUCCAGGAAAGUAUAACUUCACACCUCGUCUCUUCCACAUGAGCGCCUCCUCUGGGAGUUUCCAGGCCGAAGAGCUGCAGAGUCCAUCGCGGCUGGCGGGACUCGUGAUGGCAGCACCGUUUGUCCAGGAGAGUCUGUACUCUGUUCCACAGCCGGCCUUGUUCCUGUUUGACAACCGUCUGGAGGUCUACCUGUGGCAGAGGGGUCAGCCUGACCAGACAGAGAGCUCGGCUUCGGCCUGGAGCUGCUGGCAUGACGAGAGGAGGUGUGCCAUGCAGACGGCACUGCAGUACUGCAAAGAGAUGAACCCAAGACGCCCACUGCAGGCCUACCUCAUAUUUGAGGGGUUAGAACCUCUCACUUUUACUAACGUGUUCCCCCGCUGGGAGAAGAGCCUGGGACCCCACACACAGGGCGAUGCGGGGCGGGUGAAGCUGACCUUGGUGCAGGACGCCCUGGCCCAGCUCAUGAAGACCCAGUACCCUCUGGAGGAGCUGCUGCGGAGCCCAUUACCUGAAGGAGUGGACCCCCAGCGCCUGGAAGUCUACCUGUCUGAUCAAGACUUUCAGACUAUUUUGGAAAUGAAGAGAGAUGAAUAUGCUUCCCUCCCAGACUGGAAGCAAAUUGAUCUGAAGAAAAGCAAAGGGCUGCUUUGCUAGACAGCGAAAACAAAUGGAGGCUGACUGGCGCUCUGAAAGCUGGGACUUCCUCCUCCACUGAGAAGGGAAGAUGGCAGGGGGGCAUCAGCACCAUGCUGCUGCACAAAGGACUGCUUACAAAGUAAUAAAAAGAGCAAAGAAAUUCACUUUUAUUGAUGUCAAACUAGUAUGAGUGUGUGAACUCUUUAUCAGACAUGGAUUUCUCUGUACCCAAACACAUUUUCCUAUUAAAUUGUAUCUGUACAAAUCAGUGAAAGAUAAAAAGAAAAAGGCGUGUGGGAGUGAAGGAAGGACAUCAGUAACAAACUGGGAUACGGGUGAGAAAACAAAGGAGUGCAUAAAAAAGGUUCAAUGCUAAAAAAAACAAUGUAAACAAGAAAAAAUAAAAGGCUAAACUUUCUAGUUUUCCUCCUCUAUUGAUGCCUUUACAUUAAAACAUCUCUGCAUGCUCAAAGCUACCGUUUUUGCUGAAUUUCAGUUAACAGAUUUUUAAAACCGCCGAUUCGCCUCCCGAUUGUCACCAAAACCUUAAAACUAGUGUUUGACUCCGUAGUCUGAUGUGUAUUUUACAGUCGUGUGUCAUACUGAUGUGUUCAUUUGUCUGCCUGCCUUGUGUGUACAAAGGUUCGUGCCAUGUGUAUUGCAGCUUAAGCCCAUGUGUUCAUUGUGGCUGUGGGUAAGCUAAUGCCUUAUUAGGACUCCUUGGGGAUUCACUAUUAGCUAUGCAUGAGAGAGCAGGUAGACAUGCUCCAAUAACAUUCCUCUGGCCCAAAACAACACGCUCAUUCUGCUCCUCAAUCAACACGCUGUUCCAAACAGCCUCACAUAACACGGUAAUACACAACGACAUACUGUAUCUCUAUCGUGUGAACGCUCAAUAUUUCUGCUGAUGGUGAUGCACUUAAAAUGUCUUGAUACUUUGAUAUGUGUAAUAUCCUUAUUACUGGACGAAUGUAGAUAGAAACAGAAGCUACUGUUGAUUUUAUAGUUUAAGCUUUUUCUAAAAACGUUUUUGUUGUCAGAAUUAAAGAACAAGUGUUUCUUGA